AGCCGCUGCCAUUGCCACCACCGUCGUCUGCCACUCGAUGCCACCGUUCUCCAAUCACAAUUAUUAUCUAGAUAUUUCAAGAGAAUGUUUUGAUGCUUAAUACCAGCUUUAUUACUAUUCUUCUCCUUGCUGCUAUGCUUUCUUCCAGACUAAUCUGACUCAAAAGCUAGAAAGAAGAAGAAGACAAAAAACUAAGGGAAAGUUGGUGGAAGCUUAAUCAUACAGAACCCAAAUGGUCCAUUUGAUCAUAGGGAAGGAAGAGGAAAUUCAAAUGAAAUAAUGUACGUUUCGUUGGUGUAAGAAGAAAGUCACAUGGCGGAGACGGUAGUAUCCUCUCUUAUCGACAGGCUGGUUCCCCUUGCUGACCCAAGAAGCAAAGCAGUUACGAGGCAUUCAUGGAGAAGUUGCUGACAUCAAAGAUGAACUGGAUAUCAUUCAGUCCUUCCUCAAGGACGCAGAUGCAAGGGCGGCAGCAGAAGAAGACACCAGUGAGGGAGUCAAAACUUGGGUGAAACAAGUACGAGAAGUAGCUAUCCGAAUAGACGUUGCCAUCGACCAAUACUUGCUUCAGGUGGCACAACAUGGUCCUCAUCGGCGUGGUUUUACUGGUUUUGUCCAUAAAACAACUCACUCACUCAAAACAUCAGAACCCCGCCAUAAGAUAGCAAGUGAGAUUCAAGAGAUCAAAGCAUCAGUGCAGAAAAUCAAGGCAAGAAGUGAAAGAUACGGCUUCCAAUCCACUGGUCAAGGAUCAAGCAGUGGUCCUCGGAAUGUUAGGUGGCAAGACCCUCGAAUGGCUUCUCUUUUUCUUGAAGAUGUUGACGUUGUGGGCAUUGAAUCUCCUAAAGAUGAAUUACUUGGUUGGCUCAUAGAAGGACACUCUUACCGUACUGUAGUUUCGGUGGUGGGAAUGGGGGGACUUGGCAAGACCACUCUUGUCAAGAAAGUCUAUGAUCACCAUAUGAUGAGAGAACACUUUGAUUGUCAUGCUUGGAUCUCAGUGUCUCAGUCAUACAACAUGAUGGAUCUAGUAAGGAGCAUGGUAAAGCAAUUUUGCGAGGCAAGAAAGGAGUUUCCUCCUGAGGGAAUUGACUCAACAGACAAGAUGUCACUAAUUAGCAAAGCAAGAGAAUAUUUACAAGAAAAAAGGUACGUAGUUGUAUUUGAUGAUGUUUGGGAAAUUGAUUUUUGGGGGGAGAUAGAACAUGCUUUACCUGAUAAUACAAAAGGUCCAAGGAUUUUGAUCACAACACGGAAGUUGGAUGUUGCUAAUUUUUGCAAAAAAUCUUCACAUGUUAAAGUUCACAACUUGCAACCGCUACUACCUAAUAAGGCAUGGGAGCUCUUUUGCAAAAGGGCGUUCCAAUUUGAACUUGGAGGACACUGUCCCCUAAUGUUGGAGAAAUUAUCUCAUGACAUUCUUGAGAAGUGUGAAGGAUUACCGCUUGCCAUUGUUGCUAUAGGCGGUCUUUUGUCAACCAAGGGCAAAACUCUCUUUGAAUGGCAAAAAUUGCAUGAUAGCCUUGGCUUUGAGUUAGGAAUAAAUCCUCAUCUUGCAGGUGUUAGUAAAAUUCUAUCCCUAAGUUUUGAAGACCUGCCUUACAACCUCAAAUCUUGUUUCUUAUAUCUUGGUAUAUAUCCAGAGGACUACUCUAUAAGAUGCACAAGACUGAUUCAACAAUGGAUGGCCGAAGGUUUUGUGAAAGCAAAGGAGGGUAAAACAUUAGAGGAGGUUGCACAAGAAUACUUGACUGAAUUAAUUCAUAGAAACUUGGUUCAAGUAUUAGAGGUCAAUUUUGAUGGAAAAGUUAGACAAUGCCGAUUCCAUGAUCUUUUUCGUGAGAUCGUACUUCAAAAGAUGAAAGAUUUGAGUUUUUGUCAUGUUUUGUCAAAACAAGAGUCAAACUUUGAAGGACUAACUCGACGUAUGUCAGUAGAUGGAGUUUCAUAUAGUGUAUUGAAGGAAUUUGAGGACGCUCACAUUCAUUCUCUUUUAUUCUUCAAUAUUAAUGAAUUUCCAAUAUCCUUCAUGAGUAAAUUUGUUCAAAAUUUCAAGCUUGUGAAAGUAUUGGAUUUUGAAAAUACUCCACUAGAUCAUCUUCCCGAAGAGGUGGGGAAUUUAUUUCACUUAAGGUAUUUAAACUUGGAUAAUACAAAAGUGAAGACACUCCCAAACUCUAUCGGAAAGUUGCAGAAUCUAGAGACUUUGUCAAUAUGGCAAACCGCAAUACAGGAGAUACCAGUUACAAUCAACAUGCUUCAUAAGCUGCGUUAUCUUGUAGUCCAUUAUUUUGAUGAAAAGAUGGAAUUGAGUCUUAAUAUUAUAAGAGGAGUUCAAUUACAUUGGAGUAUUGGAUGCUUAAAGGCACUGACAGUGCUACAAAACGUGGACGCAAAUUAUGGAGGGGUCAAAUUGAUUGAAGAGUUGGGGAAGUUGAGUCAAUUGACGAAUCUUGCCUUGGUAAACCUAACAAGGGAAACUGGGAGGGCUUUGUGUGUCUCUAUUGAGAAGAUGAACUGCUUAAAAUCUCUAUUUGUAAGUUCGAUCAACGAAGAUGAGGUCAUCGACUUACAGCCCAUUUCAUCUCCUCCUAAAUGUCUUCAAUUCCUCCGCAUACAAGGGCGUUUUGCCAAGUUGCCUGACUGGAUUUCUGAACUUCAACACCUAGUCUCAUUGAAGAUUUAUUGGACAAGGUUGAGUGAUGAUCCACUCAAAGCAUUUCAAAAUCUACCUAAUCUAGCGGAGCUCGUACUGGGGAUAAAAGCAUACAAUGGAGAGCAAUUGCACAUUGGGAAAGGAGGAUUUCCAAAACUCAAGGAGCUACAUCUCAAAGAUUUGUCUGAAUUGAAUUCAUUGAAUGUAGAAAAAGAAGCGUUCCCCCUUCUUGAAAAAUUGCAUAUUGGGGACUGUCCACAACUGAAGGAGGUACCGUCUGGUUUCCAACACCUCAGAAACCUUAAAGAACUGAUUAUUACAGAAAUGCCCACAGAAUUCGAAAAAAGUUUGGAUCCAGAGCAAGGGUCACAUUAUUGGAUCAUUCAGCAUGUACCAUCCAUCUUCCUCUAUCACAAGGUUCGCAAAGGUGUUUAUGGCUAUGAGGGCCGCAAUCUCCGUUCGAAGGAUUUGGAGAGGUCAAGAAGUCAAACAAUCAACCAAGAUGAUGACAACAAAAACAAUAUUAGUGGCGAUGACAUCAGCGCUUCAGUUGAGAAAGUUGAGGAACGUGGUUUGGGCUACCUCAAAGCAUGAUGUCUACCUUCUGUCUCAUUUUUCUGUCAUCCAUUGGUUCUCCUUAAAUUGCACCAGGCAAGAAGUUCUCAAUGUCUCAGGGCAUGUUGCACCAUCGGAG